AUGGGAUUAACCACUGUCACGUUUUCUUGUGCUGGAGGAGGAAUUUGCUCUUUUGCAGCAGGUUCCCUUUCUGAUCGUGAAUGGCGCACAGUUGCUGUAGAAGUUUGUGUUGGAGGAGGGUUUUGUACUGGUGCAGCUGGUUCCCUUUCUGAUCUUGAACGGGGCACAGUUGCUGUAGAAGUUUGUGUUGGAGCAGGGUUUUGUACAGAUGCUUGA